GAAAAGUCAGACACAUUUUCCAUCUUUGAAUUAGCUGUUGUAUAUGCAGAACAUGUUGCACAGAGCAAAACUCAUUCUUAUUUAUUUGAGUUACAGAAACUUGCAAAGCUGUCUGGCAUGGAUUUUGCAGAGGUGUUAAAAUCUAYGAUGACUCAGAUUGGACAAUCAGUUGCUGAACUUCACUCAGCUGACAAGAUGGAGGAUCCUGAUGAAAAGUCUGAGGCUAUGGCAGCAUCUGCAGACCCAACCAUGAACAAAGAACCAACGUUGUCAACGGCCACUGAUCCUACAGUUCCCAGACUGAGAGGUGAGCAGCAACCUACCUCAYGACCGAGACCUUCUCUUCAUGAUGAUGACAUCCAACCACCUGAAGUCCAGCGCUACGUAGUGGAACACAUUAUGAAAACUGAGGAAAGUGCUUACCAUCUACAAAGGCUCCGAGUGUUUUCUGGACGGCUGCCUAGACCAGCACAUGAAGCAGACUACGAGACCUGGCAUUCAGGAGUAGAUCUGCUAUUAAAAGACCCAUCAGUUUCUGAGCUUCAGCGGUCAAGGAGGAUCGUGGAGCGUUUACUUCCCCCAGCCGCUGAUAUGCUGAAGCAUUUAAGUUCAGAUACUCCACC